AUGGCUAAAAACACAGGCGUCUUACACGAGAUAAGAUGGAUGCUGGGACGCUGUAGUGGCAAAGAGAUGUCGAAUCAGGCGGGGCUGAAGCAUGUGCCGACCGAACCGACCCAGCUCGAGAGUAAACGGUCACGUCGUCGAGCUGGUGGUAGAGCGGCCGCGUUGCGUCGAGCGCCAUCAGACUCCGACUGUUCGGGCGAGACGGCCUCGCUAUCCGCGGACAGUGCAGAGCGGGCGCCGAGGGUUCCACCGCCAACUACUAGACAGACCAAGUCGCGGAGCAGUCGACGGCGCGGCAGCGAAUGGGAAGUGCUUGAAGGACUAAAAGAUGGGCAGCGUUUCGACAAAAGACCCGAGGUAUUCAAUGGCUACCUACACAAGAAAAGGAAGUGGCCGCUCAAGGGUUGGCACAAGCGUUUCUUCGUAGUGGAUGGCGGUAUAUUAGUGUACGCGCGGUCGCCCUCCGAUGUCGCUCGAGGGCGUCUCCAUGGCUCGGUGGAUGUCGGUCUUUCCGUCAUCUCGGCUAAGGCCCGACGACGGCGCAUAGAUAUAGAUGCCGACGAGUUUAUCUACCAUUUAAGAGCGAAAACGCCUGAAGUGUUUCGCACUUGGUUAAACGUGUUAAAGGCGCACCGUCUAUACCGCCAGCACCUAUUGACAUUCGGUGCCCGGGAAUCUGUGCCCAAAAUUCACGCACCACUAGAAGAAUUACCACCCACGGAGACAUCAUCACAAUCUAUGUCAAGAACAGAAACCUCCACCCUAAGUUCAAGUGAAUGCACGCGAACCGAUUCACAGACUACUUGGGCGUCUUCCGCUUUAUUUCCCACAUUUUCCUACAAAAAACUUUGCGCUAAUAUUCCUUUAAAAAAUUGGUCUCGCAAAUUUUUAAAUAAAUAUGACUUGAAACCUUUAAAAUAUCAAUUUAUGGACGAUGUCAAUUCAAAGUCCAACAAAUUGCCAUUGAAGCAUGCUAGUCUUUGCUCUAUGAAUUAUGUUGAGAGAACAAGAAAUAUACCUAAUAAAUUUGAGAAUACACAAAACGAAUCAAAAAGUUUAAAAGCCCAUGUUGAAAGAGAAAUGCUCAUGCACAGCACUGAGUUGGACGUGAGAAUAGGUUCGACGGGAUUGGAAUCAUUACUGUGUGCAUAUUCUCUUAAUUCUCCGAAUAGAAAAGUGUCGCCUUUAAAGAAAAGUAAAGACAAAGAAAAAAAAAUAGGAACUUCACAGUGCGGCAAGGACGCAAAACGUACUACUUUAACUCAAACUGAACGCACUUUAUUUUGUUUCACUCACAAAAGUCGUCCCUUUAGUGCCAACAAGAAACAGCCUUUUUUGAAACGAAGCAUGAAAUCAACGAAUGUGGUUAAAUAUAAAAACGUGGUAAACGAACCACCUCUAAAGCAUCCGUUUAACAAAUGCACAUUGCUUGGGAAAUGUAAUAAACUGAAGAUUUCACGUCACUCUGAUAUCAGACCUGCAAAAGUUUUACAUACGAGUAGAAAUAGCAACGUCCUUGAAAUCAUUUCUAAUGUAAAGAAAUUAGAAUCACUUCAAGACUCUUUUAUUGGAUCUGAUUUCGAUAAAAUGACUGAAAAACUUACGGAGGCCGUAGUUAAAAAAUACAAUAAAUCACAUAUUAUUCAAAAUGAAUGCCUACUGAAAAGUUUCAUAAAUCAAAUAGUUAAAGAGAUGUACAGUGUUAGUUGCGAUAACAAUGAUGAAAAUCUUGAAAAAGCACUAUUCAAAUGUCUUCUAGAAUAUUGGAUACAAAAUACUUCAACUGAAAAACGAGAUCCUAUAUCCAAAGAAGUUAAAUCUAUAGGCAGACCCUCGAAUAAUUAUUUCACUCAAGACCAAAACACAUCUACUUUAUUUAUUCCGAAUUAUACAAAGGAAACACAGUUUUAUGGAAUUGGUGAUACAAUAACUAAGAAAAAGCCUGGAUUUUUAAUAACGACUUCAGUCACACAAUUACAGGAAAAAAAGUCAUCCGACAGAAAAAGUUUUGACAAAGAACGACGUAUACAAGAAUUAGAAAGACUCCUUAAAAAUACUGUAUAUUGUGAAAACCUACAAACUGCUCAAAGAAAAGAGGAAGAUAUUAAAAUAACUAAAACUUUAAUCGAUAAUAUUGGUAAAAUGUCACGAAAUGUUUCCAAACCAUACGCUUUACCUGAACUACCAGAAUUACAAAAUACCAUAGAUCAUCUACUCAGCGAGACCUCCCUUCCUCCAGAUUUAGCCAAGGAAUUCUUUAGCGCUUAUUUAAACCUUCUUAGAAAUGAGAGUACUGAUGACUCUAGCGUUCUAACUACUGAUACUUCUAAAAUUAUCGAACAUAGUUCUCAACCUAUGUGUGAAGUAUUAGCGGAAUGCGCUCUAAAAACAUUAUCCCACGGUCUUAUGGCAAAAAACUGUAAUGAAAAUAAUCAUAUUAUACAGAACUUGCCACUUAAAGAUUCCGGUCAAACGUAUUUAAACAUUGUAUUAAACAAAAUUACUACUGAAUCGGGUAAUGGUUGCAAUUUCGACUCUCAGAAAUUAAACAGUAGAAACGAAACAAUACCAAAAGAUACUCAUAAAGAUAAAUUAAAAACAUGUGCCAAAAUUUGUCCUAAUGCAAAUUCUGACCAAAUCGAUAAAGCAGAUAUUAUUUCUUUUUCCAAAUACAAUCUAGAACAUAUUUCGACAACAAGUAUUCCAUUGAUAACAGCUGAGAUACCGAUAGCAAUCAAACUAAAAGAACCUCCCAACCUUGAUUUCGAAUUUACAGAAAAACUCAAUCUUAUACAUAACGCUUGGUUUUUAAACACUAACUUAAACAAAUCAUCUUCAGAUCAAAUUUUUAAUGCAAUCGUAUUUGAUCACUCAGCCAAUCACAAUAAGAAUUCAUAUCUGGAUUACAAUUAUGAUAUUAAAAAUGAAAGAAUCAGUGUCAAACCAUAUUACAGCAGUCAAACAACAUCUAAAAUUCAAGGUGUUAAAAAUAAUUCUGAAUAUAAUCCUAUUUCGAAUAAUUGCCCUUAUUUUGUCUAUGAUCCACAAACUUGCGUUUUAAUGGCAAUGAGGGAAGAGUGUUUGCAAACAAACCUUCACUCGAAAGAAAAAACAAACUUAGAUAAGGCUUUGGAAAUAUUGCCAAAUGCUUCAAUUCACGUUAGUGAAUCUACCGAGCUAUCAUCACAAGAAGAAGCAGGACCAAGAAUGAUCGAUGAACCUUUCAUACUUUGUUUGUUAAAAAAUUUGGUCACGUUCUCCAAACAUGUACCAACAUUACACAAAGAUAUUCGUAGUUUAUAUCGAAAGCUGACAAAGAAAUUUGAAAAUAUUGCGAAGGAUUAUAAUAACACUGUUAUACGCAAUGUUUCAAAUAAAGAAGUUGGUAUUCAAUUUGAUGGAUUUAUUGAUAUAAAAGGACCAAUAAAUAAAUCGGUUAAAACUAACGCUGAAACCAAUACAAUUGAUUUUAUUACACUCUUAUCGAACAACAGAAACAUGGGUAACACAUCGAAAACUAGUCGAUUGCCUGUAAAAGAACCACUUAAUAUAGGAAUACAGAAAGGGAAACAUAUUAUUAUGUCUAAUACAAAAGAAUCGAAUUAUGAUUCUGUAAUACCAAACAAAACAAAUCAAUCCAUUUCAAAUCAAAGUUGGUAUAUGCAAAAGUGCACAAGAAAUAUCACUAUAAACAGUAUUACUAAAGCUCACAAUCAUAGAUACAAUAAUAUAACAAGAAUACCAGUGUUAUUAGAAAAGAAAUCUCCAGCUAGAAACACUAAACAAGGGCUAGUUAGCCCGACGGGUGCACCACUGCGAGGCCCGCAGGCCGGCUUUGUGUCGGGAACGCCUGGCGGCCGAUUGGCUGGUUGGAUAAUAGAUUCAGGUGGUCCCCUGGAGAAUGCUUCGCGGGAACUGGGCCAAGCCCAGCUCUCCGUCCAGCAGUUGCAGCGGUUGCUCGACGCGCUUGAAAUGCAACAGCAGGUCCACCACGACACUGAUGUUUCAAUAGAGGGCGCUUCUCCGAACGUUAAGAAAGAUCGCCGCAAGUUUGGUCUAAGAAAAAAGAAAUCCAGCAACAAAUGCGCUUCCAUAGAACUCGCACCACCGCAUAUAGAUCCGUCUAACUCACAUAUGGCGCUGUCAGCGCUGACCGCGCCGUCGUCGCCGGGCGGGGGCGCCUCCGCUGCGCCCAACUCCGCCGCCUCGCUGCCCAUCGGAUUCUACGAAAUUGCGUUUCUUUCGACAUUUCUGGCCACCACUUUAGUUCCGUGUGCGGCGGCGGCGACGCGGCCGCAGUCCCUGCCGGGCGCGGAGGCGUUGGGCGGUGCGCCCGGCGCCACGCUGCCGUCGCUCACUCCCGACCAGCAGCUGCGAGAGGACUUCACGGUCUUGGCCAAGGACCUCGUCGCCAGUCUGAAAGGGAUCGUCUCUACACUGGUGAUGGAGCGCGGGCGGCUGGCGGGCGAGGCGGCGGGUGGCGCGCUGGCGACGCUGCGCUCCAACUUGGCCACAGCGUUGCAUCAGAACUCCGAGCUCCGCUCCCGCCUGUCCCGGAUACACGACGCCUCCGAUCUGGCCGAGAUCUCUUCCAUGGGCCGCAACUCUGAACAGAACCGUCAGUUCCAGCAGUCGCUGAGCUACAGUUCGUCGUGCGUGUCCGCCUCAGAGUUCUUCGACGCGGAGGAACAUGAUGACGAAUUCAAGUCCGCCGAGAUCAUCGACGCUGACGAGGCUGGCGUAAUAGAACUAGACGGCGAUUCGUCAUCGGACGGAGGUUCCUUGAGCAGUGAAGAAGGAUCAGCUAGUUCCGACAACUCGGAUGCAGCAAUGGUGACGGCGGAGCAAGUGACGAUGCGGCUAAGCACGAACGGUGCGUGCGAGGGGGCGGGCGGGACGGGUGCGGGGGUUGGAGGCGCCGUGGGAGGCGGGGCUAGUGUGGGGGGCGCGGUGCGCGGUUGGGCUCGGCGUACGCGGCUGCCCAGCCCGCGGCCCACGCCGGGCGGGCCCAGCCUCUGGAACCUGCUCUACAAGAACAUCGGCAAGGACCUCAGCCAGAUCUCCAUGCCCGUCACCAUCAACGAGCCGCUCAACAUGCUCCAGCGGUUGUGCGAGGAGCUGGAGUACUGCGAGUUGCUGGAGGCGGCCGCCGCAUGCCAGGGUGCGGCCGAGCGCAUGGCACUGGUGGCAGCCUUCGCCGUGAGCGCGUACGCGGCGUCCGCGCACCGAGCCGCCUCCAAGCCGUUCAACCCACUGCUGGGCGAGACCUACGAGUGCGUGCGCGAGGACCGCGGCUUCCACUUCGUGGCGUAG